CACUAUAUAGUGAUGUGUCAAAACUGCCUUAAGCUGUGAAAUAGGAUUUAGAGGGAAGAGAAAGAGAGGGAGAUUAAUCAUGUAGUAAUUGCCCCAUAAAGAUCCUGAGUGUUAGAAGAUUAAAAUAAUGAGAUAAGCCCCAAUUUACUGACUUGUAGGACUAGAAUGAAAGAAUUUACUACCACUAUUGAUGGUAAUAGUAACUCAACAAAUAAUUGCUCCUCAUACUUGUAGCCUAAAUUAGUAUUGCAUACAACCCUCAUAUUCCUGUAAUUUUCUUUUGCUACAUUUUUUGAACUGGUUAGCGUGGAGUUGCUAUGGAACUAACCCGUUGUGCUGCCCAUAUCAAGAAUCUGACAAGCACAAGUUGAAAACUGAGUAAAUGUAAGGUAUCCUACGAGACUAUAAAGUCUUUUGUUGAAAAGCUAUUUGAAGAAUACAACUCUAAAGAGAAAAGGCAUAUUCUUGAGGAUGAUAUGCAACUUAUUCAUUCACCUAGGGACCUCAUAGGUCUUUUCUCCCUAAUUAACGAUAUGACCAAUCAAGGGCUUCUUCAUUUUGCUGAGGUACUAACAGGUGGUUCAAUUAAGUUUGAGAAAACCCGUUGGAAGAUGAAACAGAUUAUCAAAGGAUGCCUCUCAGAAGAAUUUUCGAAGCAAGAGAAUACUCGAAUGAUAAACUUAUCUGAGAAUCAUUCUUUACUACUCAAGGAUCCACAUAAUUUCUGUUGGAGUUGCGAAUCUCGUUUCAUUCCAGACUCCAGUUCCUACCAUGCUGCGGUUCAUAAGAUACUUAAUGUACUUGAAGACUUACCUACUCAAAGCCUUUCCGCUAUGCAUAGGAAACUCAGAGGCAUCAAAGAUUACAUGCCUAAAUUAAUACCUAAAAAAUCUGGGUGGGGACGAGACACAUUGAUCAAGCGUUUGAGGAAAAAGUGUUUGGGAUUGCUUUCAAAACUUAGUGAAGGAGAUUCAUUACAGGAACCAUUGGCAAAAGCAAUGGAAGUUGCAGGCUUGACUCUGAAGCUGAUUCAAGGACGCCACUACAUAACCAACUUUAAACAAUUUUCACCUGAAAUUAGUGUUCUGCAGAAUGAUAUUGCUAUGUCUAUCCAGCUACUUGAUCAGAGAGUGACAUUUUCAGCGUUGGAGGAUAUACAAGUUCUGCUGGAUCCCAAGGCUAAAUUACCGGAAAGGACAUUACGAGCAUCGAUAAGGAACUUGUUGACUGAAUAUCUUUUCGAGUGCAGUGAUAUGGACACUGUUCCACAAUGUUUACUUGAAGUGCUUGCCAUCACAAGGAAAGGUUCUGAAGCUCCGUAUAAGCAUUUGGCAGAAAUGAAAAUAGAGGAAGAGGUAGAAUGUAUUUUGAGCGUGAGUGCUUCUAUAAAGCAAGUUCUUUGGGACUUGAUUCCUGAACAUGGAUUGGACCUAGAAUUUGUUGAUGCAUACAUGGAGGAUCCUGAAGAAAGUGAUGGUGAUGAUAUGUGGGAGGAUAUCGAACUAGAACAUGUGCAAAAUAAGAUGUCCCAUUCUUGUAAUUCAGAUGAAGAAAUAGCAAGUACUGGGGAGAUGGAACAGGCUAAUUUUAAUUCAGCUGAAAAUUCCAAAUGCAUGGCAGAGAGUAGUUCAACCAAAUCUUAUUCAGCUCUCUUGUCGACAAGAGAAGUUUCCAACCCACAACAUACGCGAUACCACUUGGUAAGUUUGAGAAAUACGGAAGCAGAUAUGAACAAUCAAGAUAGUACACUUUCUUCCUCACCUGAUAGACUUUUUAGAAGCAGUGUUGGGGGACAAGAAGUCACUCAUGCUUCAGAAAAGAACCCAGAACUAGAUUCUUCUAACUUCUCACCUGGGGAAAGGAGAUUGAUGUUUGAUAAUCAAAGCAUGUGUAACAAUCAGUACCUUGCUAUUCAAGCUGCUAGUGAUGAGGCAAGUAUGGUGGCAUAUCGUCUUAUUGGUUGUAUGUUGUAUGAUUUUGCACAAACAGAAGGUUGUGAACUGAAAUCACACGAUGUGUCUUAUCUUGGAGCCAGACGCUAUGAUUUGAAGCAAAAGGAACAGGGAGCUGCGAGAAAAGGACCAGCUACUCACGAAAAAGACGGCUGUUCAAUUCUUAUCAAGGCAGUUGAAGAGCUAAUACCCUCUUGUGCUAAAUGUGAAGCAGAUAGACUGAAGGAAUUGAUGGGUUCAAAAGUAGUCCGGCAAUAAGCAUCUGUUGGAGGCGCUAUCAGUGAACAUAAAAGAACGGAUUACUGAGAUGAUGCAUAGACAUUCUUUUCAGCUAAUUGAUCAAACUAACACACAACUAAACUUGUGUGGCACAUCUACAAGGGGGGUAUUUAGGAGAAUUACGCUCCGACAAUUUUUUUAACGCAUGAUCUUUUGACAGAUUCUGAGUCAUUUUUGUGGUGGGAAGGGGCAUUUUUGUUAGGAAGAUGCGUUUUUAAAUCUAUCAGAAGAUCACGCAUUUAAAAGAACAUGUUAGAAAGUUAUUCUCCAUCUAAGGAGGCGGUGAGGAUCAAGUUGUGAUGAUUAACACGUAAAUUUGAAACAACUGGUCUACAUAUAGAAAGCAAGGUAUGUGUAAUUUUUGCCCAUGGAUGCUUACUGAAAUCUGCAUCAUGCUCUCAUGUCUACUACAAUGGCAGGCCGGUUUUGUUGGUUGCUGCUGAUGCUCUAGUUAGAUUGCAUCAAAGAUCAACUCCAGCUGCUUGGAUCUUUUGAAAGCUGGUGUGUCGGAUGCAAAUUCACUCCAUAUGGUUUAUACGUUAAUAUAAUCGUCGUAUUUUGUACGGAUGCAUUGCCAUGAAGCAUACUAAAUGCGUGGGUCUCUAUAACUUGAGAAUUCUUGCAGUUUAUGUCAGUUGAUGAAACAAUGUUGUAAUGAGAAGCUGGGUUUUAUCAUUGUGCUUUCUAGAUAUGUAUCUUUUAUGCAAGCUAAAGGUCUUUUUGUGAAUAGUCUCUCUAUCCUCCGU